GAGCUGUGGCGAAUGCAGUUGCUGAGGGAUGCUUGGAGGAGGAAGUGAGCAGAGAAGGUGCGACUGGAUACAUUAGCGAUCGGAAAUACGUCCUCUGCUGGGUUAACGCCGGCGGUCGGAUACAUUUUGGAAUCCUGAUCAAAGAUCCUAUGCACGGACCCCGUCUGCGGAUACAUUCGUGAAAUCGGAUACACGGCGCUUUCCCUGGGAUACUGUUGUGUCUGCGAUGGAUACCAUGUGAAAGUCGGCCUCGUCUGCUCUUCAUGCGAUCGCUUCACUCGGGAGGAGGUUUGAAAUUUUCGCGGAACGGCCCGAGUCUCUUGGCUUGAAACAUGUGCGAUGGGAUGAUUGUACGAAAGAGCCACAGGCAACAUAGAGUAACGCUGAUAUCAGUGCUCUUCAUCUGCAUCUCCAAUGGAUUAGCGUCAAAUGGCCCAUCAGCUCCUCCCAGAGACCACCACUUACCUGUGCAUUCGGGGCACUUUAUAGUGGCCAAUUCACUUACUAAUCGGCAGCUCUUUGGGACGUGGGAGGAAACGGGAGCUCGGGGUGGAAACCCACACAGUCACGGGGAAAACAUGCAAACUCCACACUCAGAUAGCCUUGGAGCCAACUGCCGGCACCCUUUUCAACCGGAAAAUGGGGGUUUUGCUUGCCACCCAUCCACCUGCAACGACUUUGUGCCCAAGACAGUCAUCGAGUACUUCUGCCAUGAGGGCUACACACUGAAGGGGGACUACAAGUACCUGACCUGCAAGAGUGGAGAGUGGGAGCCCGCCAUGGAGGUCAGCUGCAGACUAAAUCCAGCUAAAAAGAGCGGGGAGAAUAUCGGGGUGCCGACACUGUCGAUCGUGGCGUCCACGGCCAGCUCUGUUGCCCUCAUCCUCCUCCUGGUCGUCCUCUUUGUUCUGCUGCAACCCAAACUCAAGUCGUUCCACCACAGCAGGCGGGACCAGGGCGUGUCCGGCAACCAGGUCUCCAUCGUGGUGGACGGAGUCCCCGUCUCGCUGCCCUCCUAUGAAGAGGCUGUGUACGGCAGUUCGGGCGCCGCCAUCGCCCCCUCCGGCUCGCGGGUGCAGAUCGUCAUGGCCGAAGGCCCGGCGCCCGGAGCGCAGGCGCCAGCAGAAGCCCCCCGCCCCGGGGGAGGGGGGGACGGCAGCCCCGGCCCAUCCCAGCCCUACACCACCAGCAGCAGCAGCAGCCGCUCAGAGACUGUUCUCAUCCACCACCCCGCACCCUCCUUGCCCGACAAUUCCCGCCGGGGACCCCUCAGGCUCUCACAGUCUUCCGACACUCAGGACUCGGAGAGCAGUGACGUCCACAGUCUCCUGUCUCUCAACUCCCCCGCAGGAUCUACUGACGAUAUUCCACUGCUCAAGGACGCUUAACGUGAUGGGUGCGGGGUAUACUGCUCAGCUUCACCAUCCUCUUCAGCACUUGAUCCACCUUCUCCAGCUCACUCACUCUAUUCCAAGACCCCAAGCCAGAGAGAUGCUCAUUGCCCACUGGUGACAGGGACGUGAUAGUGACGCUGUUUGUUCUGGGUAUGUUCUGCCAGUGGAAUUAACCGGUGUGACCCAGAGGUUGCCUUCACUCACGCUGGUUAAUUCUGGGCGAGGUGACUGUGCAGCAAGGGAUGAAUAACCCUGAUAUUUGCAGUGCAGGGCUGGGAUUUGAUGGAACAUGGUGGGUGAGAGCUUGACCUGUGCAUUUUAUCCACACUUUCUGGUUUGGCCCUCAGUGCCGUUUUUGCAUCCAUCUUAUUCAGCUGCUGCCCGGUCCACUUUAAAGGCAUGCUCGCCUAUCUCCAGCUGCUACUAGAAACUUGAGAACAAAAGCAGAACCUGCAUUAGAUCGUACGGCCUUUCGUGCAAUAACAGCAUGACCGAUUCUGUACCUUAUCUACUUUGCUGCACAAUUCUCCCUUGGUUCCCAUCUUGUCCAAAACUACUCCAAUCUCCGUCUUGCGCAUGUUGAAUGACUGAGCAUCCAUAGCCUUUUGGGCUAGAGAAUUCCAAAGAUUUACAGCCGUCUCAUUUUACCAUGUCGUGAUCGUGAAUAGUUGAUCCUUUUUCCUGAGACAUGCCUCCUAGAUGGGGGCACUCCGGCCAGUUUCAUUUCACUCGUGUCUCGUUCUAUUAAAAUACAGUCUUCAUCAAUCUGGUGAGACAUCCCCUUAUCCCAGGAAUCAAUCUAAUUAAUUCACACUGUUCUUCCUUGGGUAUGCGGGCCAAAACAGCGCACAGUGCUCAUAAAACUGCAAUGUAUUUGCAUUAGAGUCCAAUUGUAUCCCCUCUGCCUUGUAAAAAAAAAAACAGGAACUCAACGGAUUAGGCAGCAUCUGUGGAAAGAAAUGGACAUUUGGGUUGGGACCCGAAAUGUCCUGAUCUAAAACAUCAUCUGUCCGUUUUACAGAUGCUACCCGACUCGCUGAGUUCCUCCUGCAAAUAGUUUUUUGCUCAAGAUCCCAGCAUCUGCAGUCUCUUGUGUCACCGCUCUGCCUUGCCUUAAAGGCCAACGUACCAUUAAUCUUUAACUCCCACUGUCAAUGCACAUUAACUUCCUGGAUUUCAUGAAUUUCUAUGCCUAGUUCCUGAAUCUGAAGUAGGGUACCGACCCGAAAUGUCCUCUGUCCAUUCACUCUGCAGAUACACCUGACCUGCUGAGUUCCUCCAGCACUUUGUGUUUUGCUCAAGAUUCCAGCAUCUCCAGUUCCAUGCCAAGAUUCUCCAUACAUUUGCCAACUUCUCACCGUCAAGAAAUAUUCUGGUUUUCUGUUCUGUCGACCAAAGUGAACAGCUUUUCAUUUUCUUGCAUUGUUCUCUCACUUCAAAGCUGUCUCAGGUGGGAUUCAAUAUAAAACAAAUGAAGCACACACUGUUUCGGAGGGACAACAUGAGAUAUAGUGAUCAGUGGGUGACCUUUGGUGAAAAUUGCUCAGUGCUGAAUCCAUUUUGCACUUUUCAACACCCCCUCCCAUCCUCUUCCCAGGUUCUCUGGCCCCUUAAUAAAUCAUACUUGGCUUCGGAAAACCAGAUUCAGCAUUUCAGCAGGUAACCAUUCACGCAGAGGGACAGUUCACUAACAAGGUCAUAAGUGAUAGGAGUAGAAUUAGGCCAUCAGCGCAUCAAGUCUACUCCGCCAUUCAAUCCUGGUUGAUCUCUCUCUCCUUCCGAACCCCAUUCUCCUGCCUUCUCCCCAUAACCCCGACACCUGUAGUACACAAGUAUUGAUCUGGGAUCAGGAAAGCUUGCAUGAUUGAUGAAAUGGUGGUCGAGUUGGUUUCUUCAACAGAAAUAACUUGUAUUUAGUCCACGAUGUCCCAAUGCCUCAAACGUUUUACCACCAAAUGAGAUACUUAAUAGUCAUAACUAUUAAUAGUCACAAUCAUUGCGAAUUAAUGGUCAUAACUAUUUAGUUACUCAUAAGAGCACCAAAAAGAUACGUUUCAGAGUUGUUGGUUUGAAAUUUAAAUUCUUUACCAAUAUAGAAACAUUGGUUAUUUUGCAUCUCCCCACGAGAGCAGAUGGUACCUUAGUCUAACAUCGCCUGAAGACUGUGCAAAUGGCACAGAUGGGCACUGGGUUGUGCCCACCCUGGACUUGUGCUUCAGUCUCUAGAGAUGGACUUGCAUCCACAACCAUGUGAGAGGCUGACAGGCGAGCCAUAUCUCAGCAGUGAGAUCAUUGUGUGGCUUGCUCCUUCUCCCACCCUAGAUCACAGAUGAACCAGUAAAGCCGACCCCAUGAGUUCAAGCGAAGAUCAAAGCUGGGGCGUCCACCUCUGAAAUCCUCCUCACACCCACUCCAAAUGCCUGCAAACUUCCAUGGCUGGAUUACCAAAUACCAGUGAAUAUUCUUCGCCCUCAUGUGGUGUAAAUAAAAGGGAAAGUGGGAAUCUAUAUAUUUAAUCUUUUUGCCUUGCAGAUUUAAAUGGUGUGUGUGUGUGUGUGUGUGUGUUUAACUUGCAUUAGCCUUCACUUUAGGUGAUGGGCCUGGAGAUUUGGGGCCCCAGGCCCCACUCAACAGUAGACAUGGACAUAUCACUUUAUUUUUUUAAAUAUUGUCCUCACAAAGCAUCUGUGCACGAUACACUUGUAUUUAUUUACUGUAACAAAAUAAUUCUUCCUGAGGCACUUCACGGGAGUGUUGCCACAAAACUGAAAAAUAAAUAUCUUCCUAACAUGGCUUGUGGAGUGACUAUGGGGAGUAGAGGCAGUGAACUUUAGGGAGGAAAUCCCAGAAUUUAAGAUUCUGGAGGAGGUUAUGGAAAUGGGGAAAGAUUAGGAACAUGUGACUACGGGGAGUAGAUCUAGCCAGCUGCUUGUUUGAUGACUGGCUGAUGACUGCUGACCAGAUAGACCAUCGGGGGGGGUUGAGGAGGACGAAGAUUACGGUGUUCUCUUUCGCAAAGCCCAUGUAUAAACUUACACUCUCUGUGAAAACUCCACUUGAGGCCAGUGAUUUUCUGUACAUCUAAGGGCCUCACUAAUCUGUUGAUUCUUUGCUUUGUAGCUUGGGCGGCUGCUAAGCAGCGAAUGACGCUCUGGUACCAUAGUGUGCAGUAGUUUUACUGAGUAUAGUUAUAUCCACCCAAACUCCUGACCAGUUGGAACUAGGUUUCCCGCAAUUGUGCAAAAUGUGUUUGUUGACGAACAGAGAAACCUUUAUAGGACACCAGUCAUUGUGGACCAUAGCAAUAUUUAUCCUGCUAUCUUGCCCACCAAUCUAAUUCUAACUAUCAGCAUUUCUUUUUGACUUUGCCUUGUGGUAGUAAAUUUUACAUUUUCACCAUGCCUUGAGGAAUUGAUGAGCCCACACCUCCUCCACAGCAACGAGAUCAAACCUGCAGUGAACUUAGCCAGAAUCCAGAUGUUCCCAUCUUCCUGGCCCUGAUGUUCGAGAGGCUUCCAGUGUGCCAAGAUGUGUGAAUGUGCAUCCAAAUCUUGUUCUUGGGUUGACUUGCUUUUUUUUUUUUGUAACACGCCUGUACCUUGGACUCUUGGCUGUAGAGGAGAGGAGGGCUUGAGUGGGAUUGGCCAUUUCUUUUGUAAAUAUACAUUCUCUAGCGUUUCCAAAUGAGGAAGAGGAUGCCAUUGUGCAGCGGUGGUUGUACUGCUGCUUAUACAGAGACAAGUGCGCUGUUUCUUGUAACUUGCCUGUUAGUGUAAUGGAGUGGUGCUUGGGAAUGUGUUGGGGUCAAUCAGAUCUGUCCAUCUUUGGCUUUUGCUUUAAGGUUUCUUUGGAAUCCUGUAUAUUGCAAUGGGUGUCAAGAUAGUAUUUUAAUAUUUGUACAAAGUUAAUUUAAUUUUAAUUGUACUAUGUAUAUAACUGCAUUUCUAAAUAAAUUUACUCUAAGUGAGGUAACGGUCA